AGUGCUGGUGCAUGAGAGAGAAAUACAGGAUUUGGUGUGGACUGGAAACGGGAUCUGACACCAAACCGGUUGCAAGUACACGGAAGGGCAGCGGAUAUAGCAGGCUGGGGAACGCGCAUCCGCCAUAGCCAGAUCCUCAUCUCGGUGCUAGAGCCUCGGAAUCUCCUACUCAGAGGGUGACGCAGUGUGAUUUUCAAGAGAUGAAGCAGUAAAGGGGGUCCUACAGGCUGGGGUCGCUGCUGGUUUAGUCUUGGAGCUGACAUCCUACAUUCUGGUUUAUUUUUAGCCCCAAACAAGGUUUUAUUGACAUAUCUCCUUGUCACUCCUGGUUUUCAGCACGGGUCACCUGGUGUACCCCACUGUCACCUCACCCAGUGCACCUAUUCUGUCACCUCCUUGUUUAACCUCCUCACCCCCUGGAGCCUCUGGAGUGAAACUUGAUAGUGUGUUGUGGUUUUUGCAUAGGGGGGAGGGCUCCACAUAUCACUCAGGAGCUAUUUUCUCUCUGGAUUUUUGUUUAGCUUCCCUCCCUCUACUCUUGCCUGAGGUUUGCGUGAGAAGAGCCAUAUAGCCAUAAAAUAUAAAAACCUCUCCAAAAUACAGGAGGUGGGGAUCAAUCAAUGUCAAAGCUGUGGGUUACCUCCAGCACUUCUGGGCCAGCCUGAGAUCUGCUGCUUCUAUCUACUGAUAUCCUAGUGUUGUCUGGAUUUAAACUAAUACAAUCUGCACUAAAGGCGACGGAUUGUGGGUUUAUUAUAUCAUUUUUCAGAAAACAUCUGGUCUAGGAGUUCUGCUAUUGCCGAGAUGUCAAAUCCUGUGCCAGUUGAUAUGAUUAAUUUACGUCUAAUCUUGGUAAGUGGGAAAACAAAAGAGUUCCUGUUUUCACCGAAUGACUCUGCAGCCGACAUUGCCAAACAUGUGUAUGACAACUGGCCUAUGGACUGGGAAGAAGAGCAGGUCAGCAGUCCAAAUAUUCUACGACUUAUAUAUCAAGGACGGUUUCUCCAUGGCAAUGUGACCUUAGGAGCAUUAAAACUUCCUCUUGGCAAAACUACAGUCAUGCACUUGGUUGCUAGAGAAACAUUGCCAGAACCAAACUCUCAAGGUCAAAGAAACCGCGAGAAGACCGGAGAGAGCAAUUGCUGUGUAAUCCUGUAAUUCUGAUGUGUCUGCAAACGUGUGAUGUAAUAUAGUCUUUGUCUUUCAUGCUGCUGGAAUAGAGGAGACCCAUUGCUUCAACGAACCUUAGAACAAAAUACCUAUCGUUAUAUCCAUGGACCUGAAUUAUUACAUGAACACUUUCAUAUAAAUCUCUUCUUUGAAAGAGAUCAAGAACAUUCUCAUUUUUUUUUUCUUGCAGAGUAACUUUGUAGUUUAUUGUAGUACUUCAGUUUUUGAAUGCAUUCAGUCUCCAGGGAAAAAGUCAAUAUGUUCACUUAUACAACAAAAAUCAUUUUUGCUGCAGCAAAAAAUAAAAAACACAAAAUAUCUGAUUUCAGGCUGACUAUAUGCAGAUUGCACUAAUUAAUGGUUGCCUACCCAGGCCUCAACUGAUAGCUGUAGCCAUACAUGAAACAGUUUAAAACAAUAGAAGACACUGGAAUCAAAGCUAUCCAUUGCAGACUGAAAACAAAGUAUUGGUGACAUGACUUCUACCUAACCUGAUAUUGCCAUAAUGGCAAAAGGUAGUAAUAGGAGAAUUUCUAUUCAAGGAACAAAAACUAAAUGUGCCUGUAAUUUGAAAGCACUCUGCAGAGGGCUCUGGAAUAAUUGUUCUUCACAAUUUGGUGCACUCUUAUCUCAGUUUGAAUGCAUGCCCAUACCAAGCAGAUGAGAAGAGAGUGCCUUUCCUAGCCUUAAUAUGGGAGGGGUAAUUUUCCUGUAGUCCAUAAGCCUUUAUUAUUGUGCAGAGAUAUUAGCAGAUGUCAUUUACUAAUCAACUUUGUGUUUUAAUAUCAAAUGUUGAUGUUUUCGGUGAUUAUAACUCAUCUGUAAUUUAGUGUCCCAUUUCAUGCUUACACAAGUUUAAAUAGUAUAAAAAAAAAAUAAUUAUGAUAAAUCUUUACCAUAGUAAAAGUUAUGUUACUUUAUGCAAUCUGCAUUUGUACUAGUGCUUGCAAUACUAGAAACCAGGCAAAAUACAGAUGACAUUCUCUCAUUUCAUAUAAGUAAUUUAAGACAUGCUUAGAAAUAAAUAUAUAAAAUUAAAAAAAAUAAAAUAAAAAUUUGCACAGCACUAAAGCAUGAGCUAUGUUCAUUUUAAAAUGUAAAAAUAAAAAAUAAACAUUUUUUAUAUUUUUCCACUAGGGAGAAAGUCUUCCUGGUUGAAAAUACAAAUAUGUGUAGAAUAUAUUUAAUAAAAAAUAUCAAAUGCAUUAUUAUAGAAUCUCUAACUAUAGAUUGGCAUAGUAUGAUAGAACAGUAUACAUAUUAAUUGCUUUUGCUUUUUGAUCUUUAACAGUCACGGUAAAUCUUGUGUUCUGUAUACUCAAAAAAAAAAAAAAAAUAGUCAAAAUCCCUGAUGAAAUGUUAUGUGUAAUGAUUUUUCAGAUGAUCACUUAAAUGUAAUCAGGUUAUUUUCUUCAUUAUUAUAACUUUGAAAAAAAAAUGCUUUAUAUGCAUUAGGUAUUAAAAAAAAUCUUGUUCAUAAUGAUCUGAAUUAAAUUUGUAUAGAGCAGUUUUAAAAGGAAACGGUUGUAAAUAGCACUAAACAUUUUCUUCCUGCAACAUAUACUGAUAUAGAUUCUUCUGUAACUAAAUAAAAAAAUAUUGUAGUGCAUUUGUGUUGGUUGUCUGGUGGUUAUGAUUGGGACUGUAAUUGUUUGAAAAUGUUUUGAUAAAACUGGAAAAUCAUUUAAAAAUGAAAAUGAAUGCACAUUUUUGGUUUCUGCAAAUUAAUCCUGCUGAUUACUUUUGUAAUCUCAUUGAUAGUGAAUUGUUAUGAGAUUUUUCCUGUAUAGCUAUAAUAAAAUAAAUUGUCACAA